CUGAAGUCAACAUGAACACAAAGGUCUUCAUCCUCCUCGCCCUGGUAGCUGUUAUUGCUGCCGACAAAUUUGAAUCGUUCGAGUCCGGUGAGGCCAGAUACGAAUUUGACUGGGCUGUCAAUCACGACGACUCCGACAACGACUUCGGACACCAGGAGGCCCGCAAUGGAGACGACACUCAGGGAUCCUACUACGUGCAGCUCCCCGACGGCCGCCUGCAGACCGUCAGGUACGUCGUGGACGGCGACAACGGCUACGUGGCUGAGGUGAACUACGAGGGCGAGGCUCGUUACCCCGACUCCAAUGAAUCAAAAUAAUUUGACUUCAUCGGUCCAUUAUGAAUCGACUGACAACGACCUCUUGAUAUGACGUACAUAUGUAUGUCUGUGUAUAAAUAUUUAUCUUUUCUCUGAAAUAAACUUUAAAGUCAAAAAGA